UGGCGCCAGUCGCUACACAUGCUGGCCGCUCGCCGCCUACUCGCCGCGCUGCUGGCGCUCGCAGCAACGGCUGGAGUGCGACCUGAAUGGGUGAUUGGUCCGUGCACCCUGGAGUUGUCCACCAACUGCAGCAGCAAUGUCGUCUUCUACCUCUUUCACAGCGAGCACCCGGACGAGCCGGUGGAGCUGCGCCUGGAAGACGGCGAGCAGCGGCUGGACGGCGUCUUCGACCCGCGCCGCCCCACCAAGGUCAUCGUGCACGGCUACGUGGGCGGCGUCGACUUCAACGUCACCAAGAUGGUCCGACAAGCAUACCUGCGCGCGGGCGGUCUGAACGUGCUGGUGGUGGACUGGGGCUACCUGGCGCCGUCGCCCUGCUACCUGGCCGCCGUGCUCAACACGCUGCACGCCGGACGCUGCCUCGCCGCCAUGCUGCAGCGGCUCCAGCGUAGCCACAGCGGCGGCGACGGCGGCGCCCCCCUGGACGUGCACCUGGUGGGCCACAGCCUGGGGGCGCACAUCUCCGCCUUCGCCAGCAACCACCUGCAGGACGCCACGGGCUCCAGGGUCCGCAGGAUCACAGGGCUGGACCCGGCGCUGCCGUUCUUCGCGACGCUCAAGUCCUCCUGGAAGCUGGACCCCAGCGACGCCGACUUCGUGGACGCCAUCCACACCAACGCCGGCGUCUUCGGCAAGAUCGAGCCGUCGGGCCACGCAGACUUCUACGUCAACGGCGGUACACAUCAACCCGCAUGCCGAGAAGCGCGCAAUGAGCCAGUGUGCUCACACCUCAUGUCGGCGGUGUACUUCGCAGAGUCAGUGGAGAGUGCUGCGGGCUUUUGGGGUGUGCCGUGCCCAUCCUACUGGCAGCACACUCUGGGCUGGUGCCCGGAUGGCGAGCAGGCACGCAAGCAGGCCAUCCUCAUGGGGGAGCACUGUCCCACAGGGACCCGAGGGGUAUUCAUUGUGGAGACAGCGGAAACACCACCUUUCGCAUUGGGAAACCAGCUGGCAACAACUACGACAACAGUGGUACCAGAGACAGCAGCUGACACUGACUACAUAGCACAAUCCUAGCACUGUGACACCAUCCUGCAUGUGAGGACUUAAUCUGAUAAGACAUACUGUUCCACCAGCAGAUAUGCUAUCUUGGUCUUCUUGUGACAGUGAGAUGUGGCAAACUAACAGUAACAGAAGUAGCAUCACUGUGACUGGUAUGCUUACGCAUCAACACAGCCAAUAGAGGGAAAGCACUUUUCUCUUUUACCAUGUUGUAAAGGUUUAUUUCUUCUAAUGUCUGAUAAUUUCCAUCCUCACCUCUCAAAUCCUUACUUCUCCUUUUUAGUUUUCUACUAUCUGUGCUCCCCCUACACAUAAAAUGCAGCAAAAAAGGAUUGUCAGGACUAACAAUACACAAUAUCCAAAUGAAACAACCUUAUACUUAUUAUUUAUAAUUUGUAAAUACGUGAUCUUCUUUUUCAUCCUCAGUGUUUGUCCCACAAUGUACAGAAGUCUGCCUUUUUUGCUCUCUGGCUCCAGUUGGCAUAAUCUUGAGCUUGAUCUUGGUGGAAACUCACUGGAGGAUAUCUAGCCAACAUUGUGUUAGUAUUCCCAUAGGUCAUUUACCAUUGACUUUCAAUGAAAACCAAAGAUUUGCUAUUCUUUCUUGAUCUACUUGAAGAAUGUCUCCAUAUCGCCAUUGACAUCUUCUCCCAUCUUCUUAACAACAGGUGCAUUCGGUACUGACUGUGAAUUUCAUCUUUGGUCACACAAUCAUGAAGUGUCAAUACACAGUCACCAGUCAUUUUUGAUACAUCUGUCAUGUAAUUCAUUAUGGUAUUUAAAAUGCAUUUAAAGAUGCAAUAUUUUAUUCACCUGUAAUUCCUUUAUCUCUUUAGGUUAUCAGUCAUCUGUGUCCUGCCACAAUCUCUUCUUCUGUGCCAGUCUCUUAAUCUCAGCACCUGCACCGAACAUCCUCAAUUACACAUUGUAUAUAUUCCAGUCUCUGUCUUCCAGUAAACAAUUUUUCCUCUAUAGUGCCCUCUGGAAUCAUUCACAUUAUACUCUGGUAUCUUAACACAUUCCCUGUCAUCCUGAUCCUAGUGUUUGCCAUACAUUCCUCUCUUUAUCACUUCUGUGGAGAAUCUCCUCAUUUCUUACCCUAACAGUCUACUCCAUUUUCAGCAUCCUUUCAUAACAUCAUGUACCAAAUGAUUGGAUUCUUUUCUUUCCCAAUUUUAUUACAUCCAAUAAUUCAUUUCCAUGCUUUAUAAUACCUCUGAGUGACACUCUCAGAAAUUUCUUUCUAAAAUUAACAUCUAGGUUUCAUACUAGCAGACUUAUUUAAUGGAUAAUGCUCUUUUUUCUUGUUCUCAUUUGCUACUUAAAUCCUCAUUGCAUUAUUCAUCAUGUUUCCUAGGAAGCCAAGUUUCUUUACUUUGUCUACAGUGAGACAUGUUCCAUGCUGAUUUGCUCUUUAUUACUCUCUCUCUCUCUCUCUCUCUCUCUCUCUUUUACUUACUCACUCACUCACUAAGAACCUGUAUGCCUCAGUAGACACUUGCAUUACCUCAAUAUAGUCUCCAUUAAGCUGCACACGUUUGCAUCACUGAUAUAGGUUCUCUGUAGGCCCUCCUAGGGGUAUGUUGCACCCACCACAGGUCAGCUGCUAGCUGUUCCCGGGCAUUUGUGAAAUGGUGUCCAUUCUGAGGUUUCUUUGUGGCCACAUUCUGGCCAUUUCUUUUUAAUUGCGUGAUGUGGCCUCCAAAGGGUCUCACUGUGCAUGCCAAAAGAAAUGGCCUGGAAAAUGGGUGAAGUGAAUGCUCUUUCAGCACAAUAACAUUCAUCCCCAUAUGACUGGAACAAUCACAGCUGCCGUUGUUGACAUGGGGUUCUAGGUGCUGCCACACUCUCCAUAUUCUCCUGACUUGUCCAUUAUGAUUACCAACUAUUCAGUGCUACAAAGAAACUGCUGCACGGACAUCAUUUCACAGAUGUUCAAAAGUGUGAGCGGCUGUCUGACGGUGGAUGUGACAGACUCCAAAAACAUGAUUCGAAGAUGUCCAACACGUAAAGGUUUUUAAUAAGCAUAAAAAUAGUGUAAAUCAGUGUAGAAUGCCCCUCAUACAUGGACCCAAAUUUAAAUAUAGUUUGUCAGUGAUUCAACAUCUGCUGCUCCAUAAUACUUUCACCUUUUUGGUUUAUUCUUGAUCCUUGUUCUUCUUACUUUAACUGUUCAUUCCAUUAAACAGGCCUUGUAAUUCUUCAUCACCUUAAAUGUUGUCACAAAGUUUUAUUAUUGACAUUCUUUCACCCUGAAUUUUAAUUCUACUUCUGAAUCCUUAUUUUAUUUCCUUCAUUGCUUUUUUAUAUAUAGGUUAUGCAGCUGUGCAGGAAGACUGUGUACCUGCCUUAUGCCCUUUUUAAUCUGAACGCUUCUCUCUUCGUCCCAUAUUCAUAUGCCAUAACUGAUUACAAAAACACCUAAGGAUAAUAUGAAGCAUGUUUUAGGAUUCCACUGACAAAGUUAUAAGUAUGACAGCCUCCACACACAAGCUCAUGAACCAAUGGUUCAUGAGUUAUGUACCUACAGUGACUGUCAAGUUCUGAGAAUGAAUAAUGAGAAUUGUGCACAUACUAUGUUUCAUUAAAGACAUAUUCAGAUAAACUCACAACAGGUGUUUAAAAUGUUUUCUCUGAAAAUCAUCACAUAAUUGUCACUUUUGCUGCAAUCCUCUAUCGAGGAUAGCAGGAUUCUGUUUCAUGUCAUCAAAUGCAUGGCUGAUUUGUGAAAUCAAUCAGCUAUGGUGACAAUAGGAGUAAUGUAAACUACUGUUUUGGCAGCUGCUAAAGAAAUGAAUCAAGAUACAAUAAAUCAGGUGAAGAUACUGACCAGGUAACAGAUCCUGCUUGACUUUCCCAUCGUUACAGUUAGUUGGUCUCACACAUCAGCAAUGGAAAGAGAGAUAGCUGUGCAAAGAAAGUGGUAUUGUGACCAGCUGUUUUGUAAUUGUGGUGUGCAGAAUCUUGUAGUACGGUUCUCCAGUUAAAUAGGGCUAAAAGAAGAACACUACCAAAAAUCAUUAUGAAAAUCUUUGUUAGUGAUAACAAACAGUAAUUUACACAUAGGAUCUCAUUCUCCAACUUACAACCAUUCUAUUAAAAUAGCUGACCACUACAAAUUAUGCCUCUUCUGUGAAUAAUAGUAUUGCUGGAAAGCCAACACCAUUACCAUUAUUUUGAUGAAAAAACAAAUGCAGAAAUGUCACACCAGAUUUGUAGUUGGAUCAUCCUAAUGUGACACAAUAUAGGUUAUACUCUUGAGGACCCUCUAAAUAGUUAUAUGAUCUAUGUCCAUAAUGUUUUACAAAGUGAUGAAGUGGCUGAGAGGUUGGACCCACAUUUAGGAGUACAUGGUUCAAGUCCAGAAUGAGAUUUUCACUCUGCAGCAGAGUGUGCACUGAUAUGAAACUUCCUGGCAGAUUAAAACUGUGUGCCAGACCGAGACUUGAACUCAGGACCUUUGCCUUUCGCGGGCAAGUGCUCUACCAUCGCAGGAGAGCUUCUGUGGAGUUUGGAAAGUAGGAGAUGAGGUACUGGCGGAAGUAAAGCUGUGAGGAUGGGGCGUGAGUCGUGCUUGGGUAGAUCAGAUGGUAGAGCACAUGCCCACAGAAGGCAAAGGUCCUGAGUUUGAGCCUCGGUCUGGCAUACAGUUUUAAUUUGUCAGGAAGUUUCAUGGUUCAAGUCACCAUUCAGUCAGCCAGAUUAAAUUGUUUAAGGCAAAUGUUGUGAUGGUACCUUUGAGAAAUACACUGUUGAUUUCCUCUCCUUUCAAUGUCCUGUGUAAGCUUUUGCUCCAACUCUGAUAAUAUGAAGAUGGCCAAGAUGUUAAAUUCUAAUCUUCCUUUAUCAGUGCACCAAUUGCUUGUGCUACAGCAUGCAUACCAGUUGGAACUGCAUUGCUAAAGCUAUCUAUCAAAAUCUAGUGUUAUCACAGCAUCUUUUCCACUGCCAAGACGCCUAGCAUGAAGACUAUCAGUUUUGCAAAGGUGUUGAAAAGUAUAACAGUUGCACUGCAUUCAAGAAGCCAGUCCAUGUACUUGCAACAAGAAUAUCUUCAAUUAUCUCCUAUCUCAUCAUGAUGCAUUCCCAUUCCAGUGAGAUAACAGUUCAUAAUCUGAGUGAAUACACAACCCCACAACCAAACAACUGGUAAGGCACAGUUGAGGUUUAGAAGCAGAACAACUCACUACAAGCUGGCUGUGAUUGGUUUUGUGCCAUUAUCAAGGCACUAAACUCAUGCUCAUAACUUAUAGGAAAGAGGGUAUGCUUGUUAAUAAAAAAAUUGUACACUUGUUGAUAAAAAAAUUGUACAUGUUGCUCUAUAGUUUAAUAAUAACAUACUGAAACUUUCAUUACAAACUCCUACAAUUUGUAUUUAGCCUUAAAUAGAAAGAAUUUUACAAAAGAAUGCAUGAUGGAAAAUUUCAUAAAACAAGAUUAUCUCACUUAUUUAAAUCUUUCUUGUCUGCUAUGUAUAGAACUGCUGGUACCAAAAUUAAAUUUACACCAACCAAUACUUCAUUGAUAAGGGUUAAUGGAAUUAUACAGAGUUCACACCUGUAAUGAAAAACAAAUUAAUAUUCAUAAAUGCAAGAGUGAUGUUAUUGUUUCUUGUAGCUAUCUCAAUUUCAUAUACAUAAACAGGAGGUUAUAUUAGCAGCAGAAAUUUCAACCAGUGUAUAACUUAUAAAGCAUAGCUAUGUACCACUGCACAUGGUCAUUGAUAAUGUAUAAAUGAUACCUAGCUUAAAUUAU